CAUUACUCUUUAAGCCAUGGAUUUUCUUAUUUCCUCCUUUCUUUUUCUUCUAUUGAAUUAUCAAGGGGAUUCGGAAACCCUAAUGUUGUUCUUCGAAUUUUAAUUUGCAUCUGUUUGGUUUCUGAGAGAACGGUAGAAAACAGAAUAAGGGAAAGUUAAAGAUUUAUUCACGUAUUUUCUGGUUUUGUUUCCGAUUGAUGAUUGGAACUUUCUAAUUGUUGUUGUUAUUGUUUCCUUUCCUUUUUUUUUUUUUUUAAAUUAUUUUUCUUACCAACCAAACAUAGCGUUAGGGUUGUUCUCCAUGUGUUGCUGUGUGUGAACUUAGACGGGUUUUCCAAUGAAAUUGGUGCUUUAGAAUCUAAGUCGCUGUUUCCAAAUCACAAAUUCGCAGUUUGGGUAGUUCAUGUAGCGAUCGAUUUGAAGUUAUCCUUAAAUUCUGUAGGCAGCUAUUAUUGGAAAACAAUUUGAAGUGAAGGCAAAAAUUUUGGAUUCCACAGGAUUGGAUUUCCAAAGGGCAAGAUUUUGCAGAUCUUUCAAAAAAAUUUCAAGUCCAUUAUGAGGAGGUACAGUCCACCAUACUACAGUGCUCCAAGGAGAGGAUAUGGGGGACGAGAAAGAAGCCCUCCCAGAAGGGGAUAUGGUGGGUAUGGGAGACGCAAGGAACAGAAUCAUGGAAGCCUUUUGGUCCGGAAUAUUCCUCUGAAUUGCAGACCAGAGGAUCUUCGUGUUCCAUUUGAAAGAUUUGGACUAGUGAGGGAUGUAUAUCUUCCAAAGGAUUAUUACACAGGGGAGCCUCGGGGCUUUGCCUUUGUGCAAUUUGUGGACCCUUAUGAAGCUUCUGAGGCUCAGUAUCAUAUGAAUGGACAGAUUUUUGCUGGAAGGGAGAUAAGUGUUGUUGUUGCCGCGGAGACAAGGAAACGGCCUGAGGAGAUGCGUACCCGGGCCAGGGUCAGAGGACCAUCAAGUUAUGGAGGACGGAGAUCAUCUUAUUAUGGGGGUUCUCGGUCUCGAUCAGUGUCCCGAUCACGUUCCCCCCCUCGUCUCCUUUCAGGAUCCAGAAGAUACCGCUCAAGAUCCUAUUCUCCUGUUCCCAGACGUCGUGGUGACUAUUCUGUUUCCCCAAGAAGACGUGUUGAACACCCUAGGUCACCAAGAGAUCAUCCACCAGAGCGAGAUGGUGACCACAUUCGCCGCUCAUACUCUCCAGGUUAUGAUGAUGCUGCUGACCAAAAUCAUCAUACAGGCAAUGGAUAUCUCGAGAAAUCUGCGUAUGAGCCUGAUGAAGCACGAGAUCGUCGGAGGUCGCCUCCUCCCCGACGAGUUUCAAGAUCACUGUCUGGGUCUAGAUCUAGAUCUGCUGAUGUGUCACCCAGGCACAGCAGAUAACAAAAAUGCAAGCAGAGCUGUACUUGCCUUUGGAACCUUUAUAGCUUGUGUAUUAUGUGCUAGAAGUCAGAAAUUUUCGAUACUCUUUAACCACAAAUGUUCUACCUUCAACUUCUAAACGAUAUAUGCUUUAGGCCUUGUUUUUCGAAUGCAGAAUAUUUUAAACUGGGAAUUGAAUGUGGGUCUAAUGAUUUGUAUCAA